UGCGUUGCAGCUGACCUGCUUCACACGACCGCACAAACAACUGGCAGCGGCUCUGCAGCUCAGCCACCGACAACACCCUCGGCCACCGACGCAUGCAGCAGCAACCCGUGUGCGUACGACGGUACGUGCUAUCUGGACGGCACGCAGUCACCGCCGGGAUUCCUGUGCGUGUGCGUGGCACCGUGGAGUGGCUACCGAUGCUUGACCUAUUCCACCUCUGCUCAGCCUUUAGCUACAUCACCAGAGGUGAUAACAACGCCGGCCUCCAAUACGCCGCUCCCAGACCCGUGUGUGUCAUCGCCAUGCCUACAUCCCGCCGCCACAUGCAUCACAGUUCCCAGCCUGAACGGAUUCAUAUGCUCGUGUCCGGCGUACUUUACCGGGGACAGAUGCGAAACCUACAUGCCAGUGGCUGCGACUACUUCCUACCCUACUGCUGCUGCUAGUAGUAGUCCAGUAGAGAACACUACACCAACAGCAGUGUAUCAUGAUGCGUGCAGUGCAUUUCCAUGUGCUAACAAUGGUACUUGUUAUACGGAUGCAACUCAGGCGGCUGGGUUCAUCUGCCUGUGCAAUCCACCGUGGACCGGCUCCCAAUGCCUCAAUUCCAUAUUUGACACCACUGCACCAGCAACAGGUGGUAUAAGCAGUCCACAGUCUACCAGUGAUUCUAUAUUCGACACAACUGCACCAGCAACAGGAGCUGCAAGCGGCCCACAGUCUACCAGUGGUAUUCAUACGGGGCAAUCUACGUCGCAAGCAUCGACAAAUUUCCCAACCUUUCCGCCUUCACCCGCCACAUCACAGGGACCAUUGGAAUUCCCCAGCACUCGCUGUCUGACAUCCGGUGACUCGUGUAGUUUUUACUACCAGCCGAACCCGUGUACACCGCAUGUCAACUGUGACGUGUGGGCUGAGAUUGGAGAGAGACGUGGCGAUAGUAACAUUACCAUUGUUCUGGGGACCGACAGGCCAGGGUUCUACGUGGCGGCUGCUCUCUCCGAGGAUGCAUUUAUGCCCAAUUCUGAUGUGCUCCUCUGCUAUAACUCCCACUGUGAAGAUCGGUAUGCAUAUAGCUAUAGUGCUCCAGUGCGUGAUUCUGAUCUGCUCUAUGAUCGACCAAGGAAUCAAGAAUACUGGCAAUACGCUAACACAAGCAGGUAUGCGUUCACAGUCAGCUGUAACGCUAGCAAGGACCCCCAAGAUGUCUCCAUAGCCGGUCGUAUCUAUAUUUCAUUCGCGGCAGGAAGGUACAACGAGAGCACUGGAGAAAUCUAUCAACACGUGAUACGCCCGACUCCGUACUACAGAGAUUUCAAAUGCAAUCCGGAACCUACUGUAUCGACAACAGACUCAACACCUCCGACCAGUGCUUCCCCAAGCCCCACUGCGUCCCAGGCCGUAUGCAGUCCUGACCCGUGCUUCAACGGCGGUAGCUGCGUGCCGUCAAGUUUCUAUCCUGGCUACCGUUGCCACUGCUACUCGCCCUGGACUGGAACCCACUGCAGCCAGUACAUGCCCAGUGGUUCAACUGUAGCUGCCAUGACAACUCCGUAUCCAGCUCCACCGUUCACUUCUCAUCCCAGUGCCACGACUACGUCCACGUCGACGUGCAGCCCUAACCCGUGCUUCAAUGGCGGUGUUUGCUACCCAUCGGCUGCCUACUCUCUCGGCUACUACUGCAGUUGUCCUCCCAGCUGGGCCGGGACCCACUGCACAGCUCCAAGCCCGGGAACAAUAUCGCCGACCAGCACCUACCCAGGAGGUACCAAGCACACCGUCACGCCGUCACCCACUUUCCCGACAGUGUCCUCGACGGCGUCAGCGGCGUGCAAUCCCAACCCUUGUUACAGCGGUGGUAGUUGCUACCUGUCACCUUACUACAGCGGGGGCUUCUCCUGUAGCUGUUCACACGGCUAUGCCGGUACUAGAUGUGAAGUCUAUGUUGGCGUAUCAUCGCAGACCCACAAGCCCACGUCACCGCCAGCUCCGACUAGCCGACCGUACACCGACACACCGACUACUUCGUGUCCCAGCACGGCUGAGUACGAGAGAUGGCGCGGUCGCUUCGAGAACUGGGAGCGACUUUAUGAAGCCUGGCGAACCAAUACCCUCACUCAGCACUGCACCGGUUUCACUCCGCCGCCAACUACAGCCGGUCCUGCCCCGUAGUAAGCCGGUCCUGCCCCAUAGUCACCUGAUCCUGCCCCAUAGUAAGCUGGUCCUGCCCUGUAGUGAGCUGGCCCUUCCCCCGUAGCAAGCUGGCCGUGCCCCAUAGUAAGCUGGCCCUGCCCCAUAGCAAGCUGGCCCUGCCCCAUAGUAAGCCGGUCCUGCCCCAUAGCAAGCUGGCCCUGCCCCAUAGUAAGCCGGUCCUGCCCCAUAGCAAGCACCAGCAUGUACCGGGGGCAGUGCUAUCAUUCUGUGAUCAUGUGGGCAGCAGUAGUAGAGAGUCCUGCAGCGGCCAUACCUUAUCGUGUUUGGCAGUGCGAUCCCAGGACAGUAAGAGAGCACCUGUGCUUGUGACUAAUAUCCCCUUCUCAGCUUCUGUUUUGCUUGCACUCCAAUACAAUGUGCUUCUGUGUCCACCAUGCAUGGCAAUAUAUUAUUAUGCUAGGUUCCAGACACACGCACGCACGCAUGAACGCACCCCCCCCCCCCCCCCCCACACACACACUCAGCACUCGGUAACCAGUGCAUCCAGAACUGCACGCAAUCCACCGUAACCUUUCGGAACUUGUUCCCCUUUUCUUUGGCCUGCUCCAUUUCCCGUCGUGACUAUCUGCAAGCAGUAGUAUUGUGCACAAUUGUCAUGCUCCUCUUGUCUGCUCUUCUUAUGUCUGCCUUACUGUCGCUAAACACACCGUUGUAACUUGUUAGCAUUCCAAUCAUUAUCAUCAGCCAUGA